UUUCCUCUUUCUCUCCUCUCCUGCUUUCCCCGGUCGCUUCUCCCUUUCCCCACAAUGUCAGGGCACACCACCAACUUAAGGCUCAAGCUCCCCAUCACCUGCGUUUUCCUUCAGUUCCUGACUAUUCUCCUCUUCGCCCUCUUUGUCCAGUAUGAUGCCGAAACAAGCGCCAAGCUCUGGCACGAGGAACUGGCUCUCCGCAACAAGAGCCACCUGCAGAACGAGUUCUAUAUGCGCUACCCAAGUUUCCAAGAUGUUCACACUAUGAUCUUUGUUGGCUUUGGCUUCUUGAUGACCUUCCUGAAACGGUAUAGCUUUGGGGGCGUGGCCUUCAACUUCCUGAUAGCUGCCUUUGCCAUCCAGUGGUCCAUCCUCAUCCAGGGCUUUUUCCAUUCCGUCCAUAAUGGCAAAAUCCACAUUGGAAUAGAAAGCAUGAUCAAUGCCGACUUCUGUGCCGGGGCAGUCCUGAUCUCUUUCGGAGCCGUUCUUGGCAAGACCAGUCCUGUCCAGCUGCUACUGAUGACUGUAUUGGAAGUCACCCUCUUUGGCAUUAAUGAAUAUAUCUUACUCAGUUGCUUUGGGGCAAAGGAUGCUGGGGGCUCCAUGACCAUCCAUACCUUUGGGGCCUACUUUGGUUUGACGGUGUCCAGGAUUCUUUACCGGCCUCAGCUGAAGAAGAGCAGAGAACGAGAAGGCUCCACCUAUCACUCAGAUCUCUUUGCUAUGAUUGGAACUCUCUUCCUCUGGCUUUUCUGGCCCAGCUUCAACUCAGCGGUGGCAGCCCAUGGAGACGACCAGCUACGGACGGUCAUGAACACCUACUUCUCCCUGGCGGCAAGCACCCUCGCCACCUUCGCCCUCUCGGCCCUGGUGAAUGAAGGGGGCAAGCUGGACAUGGUUCAUGUUCAAAAUGCAGCCUUGGCUGGCGGAGUGAUUGUUGGGACCUCAGGGGAGAUGAUGCUGACCCCAUUUGGAGCCAUGAUUGCAGGGGUCUUGGCUGGCUCUGUGUCAGUUCUUGGCUUCAAAUUCCUUACGCCCAUUCUGGCCUCCAGGCUGAAAAUCCAUGACACCUGUGGAGUCCACAACCUGCACGGGAUGCCAGGAAUCCUUGGCGGCCUGCUUGGUGUGCUGGUGGCAGGGCUGGCAACAGCAGAUAUUUAUGGAGAUGGCUUGGCAGACAUCUUUCCUCUUGUUGCCUCUGGGAAACGGACCACCGCGUACCAAAGCAUCUUCCAGCUGAGUGGUUUGUUUGUCACUCUGGGGUUGGCUAUGAUUGGUGGGAGCCUUGCGGGGGUCAUCAUGAAGUUGCGGAUACUUGGAUCUCCGAACGACUCUCUCUGCUUUGAAGAUAAUAUCUACUGGGAGGUUCCUGAGGAUCAUCACAAUGGCUUCCAGCAUGUUGUGGUUGUGAGAGCCCAGGAGACAGACAGAGACUCGAGCGCCUGAUGGAAUGCUGCCAUCUUCUACACAGCAGCAGGCAAAAAGAUGACAGCAAGGGAUCUGCCAUGUUCAGGAGAUCCCAGCCAUUAGGAGAUCUGGUCUGUCAGAAUACCAAAAAGGUGGUUCCAGGGCUCCAGUCUCCUUAGAAGGCAGAGCCAGAGGACUUCCCAGAUGGUUUGCCUGUGAUGACUCUGUUUUGGAAAGGAGUGCAUUCUGUGUAUGCUCAGACGCACUGCCUUAUGUGUUAUUACUUUGCAUAUUCCAAAGGUGAGUCAUGGCACCCUGAAACAGGUUCCAGCAUUACACACUGACGAUCCACCCUUCUCAAAUGAGGCCCUUGACCCUUUGGACAAGAGGAAUCCUGAAGCCAAGAUGAAAUGGUCAAAUCAUCAAUAGGGAUUUCUUCCACAAGACUGCCAAGGCAGUACUCAUUUCCUGAAAGGCUGGUGGCUAACUACUGCCAUUUUUGUGCUGUUUGUUCAUCAUCCUGUGAUCCAAAAAUACAACUUGGCCUUUCAACAUAAAAUCCUUGGCUAGCAUGGUUGAAACCUAGGAAAGCAAACAUCAGGACAAAAAUGCAAAAUCAAACAGGGGGCGGUAGUUAGAAUAAUUGUAAUGAUUUGAUUACCAAUAUUUGUAUUUAAAUAGUGAAAACAUUUGUGUGAUGA